CCCUAGAAAAACCUGGCUCGGCUCCGCCCCCUGGUCGUGUGUCACGUGAUAAGAGGCGUGGCGGGGCGCUGCGCCCUCCCUCUCUCCAGUGUCGUCACCCUCGGUUCUAGGCAGUCACGAGACCGAGACUGGGUGUGAGCGGAGGUGUGACGUUAGCCGUGGUGUCGCGCAGACGUGACGCAUCGCUCGGCGGUGGGGGAGGCGCCGAGUGCGUGGUCUCAGAGUCCUCAUCAUGGUUCCUGGGCUGCCGCUCCCGCCGGAGAUCCAGCUGGCGCAGCGCCUGGCCGGCAAUGAGCAGGUGACGCGGGACCGCGCGUUGCGGAAGCUGCGGAAUUACAUCGUGAACAGGUCGCAGCGGCCUACAGGAUGCUUCACUCCAGAGGAGAUGCUGAAGAUAUGGAAAGGGCUGUUUUACUGCCUGUGGAUGCAGGACAAGCUGCUCCAGCAGGAAGAACUAGGAAGGACCAUUUCCCAGCUCGUCCAUGCUUUUCAGACCACAGAGUCGCAGCACCUGUUCAUGCGGGCGUUCUGGCAGACCAUGAUUCGAGAGUGGGUGGGCAUCGACCGACUGCGCCUGGACAAGUUCUACUUGCUCAUGAGGCUGGUCCUGCGUGAGUCACUGACGACCGUGAAAACCCGUGGAUGGGAAGAAAGACAGAUCGAGCAGCUGCUGGAGUUGCUCACCACCGAGGUACUGAACCCUGAUCGCCAGGCCCCCAAUGGGGUGAAGAGCCACUUCCUUGAGAUCUUCCUGGAGGAGCUGACCACAGUGGGCGCUGCAGAGCUCACCGCAGACCAGAAUCUGCAGUUCAUUGACCCCUUCUGCCAGAUAGCAGCCCACACAAAGGACUCCCUAGUUCUGCAUAAGAUCACUCGGUGCAUCCUCGAGGCGAUUGUGGAACAGGCUCCCUUGGCCAUUGAAGACCUGAUGAAUGAACUGGACACACAGAGUGGGGAGGACGAAGAGUCAGAUGGUGGUGAGGAGUCCUCCGAGGAUGAGCAAGACCUGCAAGACACACCACCCAGUGCAGACUCUGCACAUAGGGCUGGCCCUGAGGCAGACAAGGAGCAGGUGUUGGAUGACGAGGAAAACGCUGGCCCUGUCCUCCAGUUUGACUACGAGGCCAUUGCUAACAGACUGUUUGAGCUUGCCAGUAGACAGAGCACCCCGUCUCAGAACAGGAAGCGCCUCUACAGAGUGAUCCAAAAGUUGCGGAUCCUGGCUGGAGGCACUUUCCCAGAUGAUGAUGUCCCUGAGAAAGCCUACAAUAAACUGCUGGAAGGGAGGCGGGAGCGGAAGAAGAAGAACCGUUUGUCCACGCUGCAGCCCCAGAACGAGAAAGGAGGAAGCGAGACGGAAGCCUCAGGUACAGACCUGAGCCCAGGGAUGAAGAGGAGCAGGAGCAAGGAUGAGAAGACUGGCCAAAGAGAGCCUCCUAGGAAGAGGAAGAAGGCUGGUGCAAAGGGGGCUGGUGCCCAGCAGCCAGCGAGGAAGAGGAAACAGCCCUUGCAGAGUGAGAAGUGAGGUCAUGGCCUAAGACGGCCAUCCUCCUUGUUGGCACCUGGUUGUUGGGACAGGAUACCUGGGCAUGCUCCUGUAGAGACUCUGAGCUUACUGUAGGGGAGGGAAAUGAGCAGGAUGAGGAAGAUUCUUCCUCUAGUGCUGGCCUUCAGGAAUGUGCCUCAGAGCCAUUGCCUACAUACCAGAAACUCACUCCUAAGAUUCAGUUUCCCCUGUACUGUGUGCACACCUAAUCCUAGCCAGAGGCCAGGGGGUCUAGAGUUUGAGUCCAGCCUGGGUCCCAGAGGCCUCUCUCCCUCAAAAUAAGAAAAAUGAAACCAAAUAACUCUACCUGUGUGUGUACUGUCACCUCUGCCCUGGGCUGCCCACAAAUAAACUAUGAGUCUCAAAGCA